AUGUCGUCCAAUCAAUUCAAUGUGGCCUCGCCGCCGACGGACGCUAUCACCGCGUUGAAAUUCUCCCCCGAUCCGGAGUCCACUCGCAUUGCGGUGUCGUCAUGGGACAAGAAUGUUUACCUUUACGAUCUACGCGACGAGAACGGUGAAGUGGGAGAAGGUAAGCUUCUCCAGAAGUUUGAGCACCGAGCACCCGUCCUCGAUCUCUGCUUCGGCCAAAAUGAAAAUGAGGUCUUCACCGCAGGAUUAGAUUGGGAUGUGCGCAAAAUCGAUCUUAAUACGUCCACCCAGACUGUCCUCAGCACCCAUGACCAACCCGUGCGACACGUCGUCUACAGUCCCGAACACAACAUCGUCAUCUCGUCCUCAUGGGACUCGACCCUCCAUGUCCACCGCCUGGAUGAUGGCCCUGAUUCUGAACCCGUGCCAGCAACUGUGCCCCUCCCUUCGAAGCCCUUCGCUAUCUCGCUCACCCCGACCAAGCUCGUCGUUGGAAUGGCUUCACGCGCAUUCAACAUUUACGAUCUCAAGGCGCUCGCCCUUCUCACCGCUCAAUCCGACAGCACCAGCACCAAUGGCACCCGAGUCGAGGUUGAGCCCUGGCAGCGGCGCGAAAGCAGCCUGAAGUUCAUGACCCGAGCUGUGGCCUGCAUGCCCGAUGAUCUAGGCUACGCCAUGUCCAGCAUCGAAGGCCGAGUGGCCGUUGAAUGGUUCGACCCAUCGCCCGAGUCGCAGGCACGCAAGUACGCAUUCAAGUGCCACCGCCAAACCGACGAAGCGGAGGAUACCGACAUUGUCUAUCCUGUCAAUGCGCUUGCUUUCCACCCUGUUCACGGAACUUUUGCCUCCGGCGGUGGAGACGGGGUUGUCGCGCUGUGGGAUGGUAUCACGAAGCGACGUAUUCGCCUCUAUCCUAAGUAUUCCUCCAGUAUUGCAGCGAUCGGUUUCAGUGGUAAUGGCAAGUACAUGGCUAUCGGUGUGAGCCCCGGAUUCGAGAAUGGAGAAGAGGACCUAGAGGGGAUGGCCGAGGGAGCCGUGCAGGUCUUUGUUCGCAAGCUGAGUGAGACUGAGGCUAAGGGUAAGGGUCCCAAGUAG